AUGGCCAAGGGCAAGAAGGGUGGCGCGCCGCAAGGCGCCAUCAAGCGCAAGGCGUACUACAGCGAUUCGAGCGACGACGAUUCGCACGUCAACUUCAAGCAGGCGGUGCCACUGGCGUCGCUUGAGAACGCGCCCGUGCGUGACUUUACGGGCGAGGCCGCGGCCAAGCCGGCGCCCAAGGCCAAGAAGACCAAGGCCAACAAGAAGACCAAGUCGGACAAGCCCGUGUACAUUGCGAACGAGCCUGCGCCGUCCAAGAAGCAGGCGGUGCCGGGCGAGUCGCUCGAGCAGCGCAAGAUCAAGACGAUGCAGCAAAAGGCGAUCCGGUCCGAGAAGGUCGUGUGGCGCAAGUUUGGCCGCGAAAACACGCUCUUUGAAGACUACUACGGCGACCUCUUUCAGUUGCCCAAGGACGAGUGGAAGACGCUGAGUCGCGUGCUCGAGAGCCCGCCGUCCGUGUACUUUCGUAUCAACGAAACGUUUCCGAGCUUGAGCGAAAUCGCCAAGGGCAGUCUCGACUGCGAUUUUGACGUGACGGGUGCCGUGCUCAAGCUGCCGACGGGUGGCGAGCGCACGCUCUCUCUCGGUGCGGUAGCAUACGACCCUUCGAUCUUCAAGAUCAACGUGGACAGCAAGCUUUUGCGCAAGACGCCGCGGCUCCAAGCGAUCAACAAUUUUAUUCGCGACCAGACGCUGAUCGGGACUGUCUUGCGUCAGGAGGCCAUGAACAUGCUCCUGCCCCGCUUCCUGGACGUCCAGCCGCAUCACAACGUCCUCGAUUUGCACGGGUCGGGCGCGAGUCGGGCGGCGCCGUUUGUGGAGCGUAUGCUUGACGCCGAGUCCAAGGCGCCGACGGGUGCGCUCGUCAUCAACGAGCCUGACGCUGCGAGCGCGACCAAAGCCGCCCGCGUCGUCGCGCACACGGUUGGCAAUGCGUCCAACGUCGUUGUCACGGCGCACAAGACGGAAGAGUUUCCAGAAGCUGCCGACGUCUUCCUCUUCGACCGCGUGCUCUGCUCCGUGCCGUGCUCGGGCGACGGUUCGAUCCGCAAGUACCCGGAAAAGUGGCGCAACUGGACGCCGACGGCGGCGUUCGCCCACCAUGCGACCCAGCUCGAGCUCGCGCAGAAGGCGAUGCACUCGCUCAAGGUCGGUGGUCACAUGGUCUACUGCACGCGCUCGUUCCAUCCGAUUGAAAACGAAGCGAUCGUCGCGCAGCUCCUCCGCGGCAGCAACGGUGCUUACGAGCUGGUCGAUGCGUCGACGCGUGUGCCCGAGCUCAAGACGCGCGCGGGCGUGAGCGCGUGGAAGGUCUGCAACGACGAGAUGACGCCGUUUGCGUCGUACGACGCUGCGUCCGAGGCCAACCGCCGCACGUACAAGCUCCGCCCGUCGAUGUUUGCGCCGACCAAGGCCGAAGCCGCGCGCUUCCACCUUGACCGGUGCCGUCGGGUCUUGCCGCACGACAACGACACGCACGGCUUCUUCGUCGCCGUGGUCCAAAAGACAGCCGAACAUGCACGCAUCGCUGUGGGGCCAGCGAUGCCGUCGACGGGUGCGCCUUCGACGGCCAAGAAGGCCAAGGAUGUCAAGCGCAUCGGUCUCUACGCUGCGAUUGAGCCCAAGCACUAUGGAGAGCUCGUGGAGCGGUUUGCGCUGGACCUCUCGGAGGACCAGCUCCUCGAACACGUCAAGAUCUCCAAGACGCGUGACGUGCACUACGUGACGCCGGCCGUGGCCGAGGUGCUGCGGGCCUUUACCGGGAAGCUUAACGCGCACAAGGCGGGCACGGCCGCGUUCCAGGUGCACCAAGGCGCGUACUCUCUCCUCGACGAAGGCCUCCACGCUAUCAUGCCGCACCUUCACGAACGCAUUUUGUCCGUCGACAUGGCGCAGUUUUCGUCCUUGGUGUCGACCAAGCAAGCGUGGAUCCAGCACUUGACGCCACAGGUCCAAGCGCAGCUCGAGGAUGUCGCUGAUGGUAGCAUCGUCCUUGCGCUCGACGAGUCCGAGCCGAUGCAGACGAGCGAGCGCGACAUUGCACUCGUGGCCAUGAAGCGGCAUUCGUCGAUUACGGUCACGGCGGCGUCCAACGUGCUCGGUCGCAUGAAGACGCUCAUGCUCGAGCUCAACGUCGAAGACGAAGAGUACGACUCGAUGGACUAUGACGACGACGAGUAAACCAAUUAAACUAAGCGCACGCGUAUACACUGUAUUGAUCCCUAA